AAGCUGCUGGCUUCUAAGCCCUCAUCGACGCUCCCAAUAUCGUCACUGUGGAAACAGACGUUGGAAGAGUUCGGAAAAUGGUUGUUUGAGGUCCUUUCUCCUGAUAACGAUAGUUCUCGCAAUCUCGUUCCAGCUCCCUACAAUUUGCCCUUCUAUGAGGUGUUUUACGGGCCAACUCAGGAAGCAGAGAUCAUGGCGCUCACGCGAAAUUUAAAUCCGCCUUUAAUUAAGAGCAUUCAGGAUGCGCUCUGCAAUACCGACUGCUUUUUUCCGAUAGCGGAUCACUUUGAUUCUACCGUGUUGGACCUGUGUGUUGCUUACAAAAUCUACAGAGAGAGCAGCUCUUUGAUAAAUGUCUACGAUUGGUUGAUUGCAUUCGAUGCUAUAUUGGAACCGUCUUCAGCCCCCGCGGACACCGGUCCCAGUCGUCUCAUUCGGUCUCGCUUCCUUCGUGCUUUGCUUGACUUAGAGCAGAUGGGAUUGGUGCGGCGUACCAAGCGUAGACGAGAUCAUGCACAGAAAAUGCCUGUCAUGGAAGUACCUGUCAGGCCUUAA